AUGGCCACUACAGAAACCUCGCCAUUAUUACCGCAAUUCCAGCCCAAUCUCUCCCCUACGUCACCACGCACCGAUCGAGACCGGCGCACUGUGACAUUCAACCCAUUGACCACCAUCAGCACCUACAACACAGGCACAUCUCAGUCAGACUCUUCGACCCGGCCACUACAAGCCAGUCCUCCACCCGCUCGCCAUGCCUCGUCUGGCCCGUCAGGACAGCCCAUGCUGUCCGCACUGAACAGCAAGCUGCGCCGACGCAACAGCGCAGGAUCGCCAGCAACAGCGCCUAUUAUCUCGGCAGCACCGAAGAUUGGUCCGCAAAGAACAUCGAAAAAUACACAGAAACUAAAACUCCUACCUGAUCCAGAAACGGGGGAUGAGGAAGAGAUCGUUGAUGAUGGCUUUCCAAGGGAUGUGUAUACCCAGAUCGGCCGCAUCAAAGAGCCAACUGCAAGAAGGGAUGCUGCGCGGCUAGGAAAGGCAGAUAGAGAUCGUCUUCCGCGCGUCACCGCGUACUGUACGGCCAAUUCGUACCGAUUAGAAGGGGUGAUGAGGUAUCUCAAAUCCCGCGACAAGACACGCGGGACAAAUCCAAAACUGUUUGAUGAAUGUGUCUAUUCGCCGUUUAAGUACGCACAUGAAUUGAAACAGCUCGAACAGCAGAAGAAUCAGCAUCGGAAUGGAUGGAAUUCUGGGUCCAGACUGCAGAAAGAACGCAGGUAUUCGGACAGCGUGGUGGAAGUUGAGGAGCAUGGCAAGAAUAUACGCGAAGACCUGAUCAAUCUUGAGGAAGCGACCUCAAAUUCUCAAGAUCAAACCACAGACCCGUCAUCGUCAAGCGCCGGUGAACAAUUAGAUCUAGAUACAACAGUGCACACGCCAGAAGUGUUCCUCUUCGACUACGGUACUGUCGUAAUAUGGGGAAUGACACCCUCCGAAGAGUCGCGAUUCCUCGCAGACAUGUCCAAAUUUGCUUCAGCGAUUCUAAGCAACGAAGACCGCCAAGUCGAAAACUUCAACUUCUACUAUGCGCGCGACUACCAAGCACGGAUAUACAACGACUUCAUCUGUCUCCGCGACCCGCGCAACCACAUGAUCAAACUCGCCAUUUCACACGCUCUCUCCCAGUCCGUGAAAACAUCUCUAUUCGAGGACCUUGUCUCGGAAACCAUCGCCACUACGGCGCCAUUACCCGCGCAAAUCGCCAAAACGGGGAGCGUGAAUAUGACGCGGAAGAAAAUCAACAUGCAGAUUGGCGAGCUCUUCAUUCUGCGUAUUAAUAUCCAUUUACAGGGCUCGGUGCUCGACAGCCCAGAACUCAUGUGGGCCGAACCCCAGCUCGAGCCUAUCUACCAGGCAGUGCGCACGUACCUCGAAAUGGACCAGCGCGUGGGGCUUUUAACAGAGCGACUCGACGUUAUAGCGGAUUUACUCGCUGUUCUGAAAGACCAGCUCAGCCAUCGACAUGGGGAAUACCUUGAAUGGAUUGUCAUCGUGCUUAUUGCCGCCGAGAUCCUGGUUGCUGCAAUCAACAUUAUUGUUGAUUUGUAUGCCGGCGUGGAAUAG